CCAUGAGAAUUGGAAUCUAAUUCGAUUGCUUCCAUUUCUAGUAGGAGACUUGAUUCCAGAGGAUGAGCUUGCUUGGCAAGUGAUAUUAGACCUGAAGGAAAUUGUAGAAUUAGCUGUGGCACCAGUUCACACUGAUGAGACAAUUGCUUAUCUUGAUGUCAAAGUGUCUGAACACAGACAGAGACUACUCGAGCUUAACCCGGACGUAAAGCUUUUACCUAAACACCACUAUCUUGAGCAUUACCCGCACCUGAUUAAGUGUUUUGGGCCUCUUCUAGGUUUAUGGACGAUGCGAUUUGAAGCUAAACAUAGCUUUUUUAAACAAGUAGCUCGACACACAAAUAAUUUCAGGAAUAUUGCACUCACACUGGCAGCCAAACACCAGCAAUUCAUCAGUUACCACAUAUAUUCAUCCACACUCAAUACAUCAAAUUUGGAAGUUUCAAAUGUCUCUACAGUCCAGGUUGAUGUUCUGAAUAAGGAAGUUGUGUUGGCUCUCAGGCAGAAGUAUCCAAAUAUCAGUCAAGUUCACCUUGCAAAAAGUGUCACCACUAGAGGAAUUAACUACAAAAAUGGAAUGUUAAUUGCAUGUGGUUCAACUGCUGGAAUGCCAGAAUUUGCAGAAAUUCUACAAAUGUGCAUAAGCGGAGAUGAGCUGAGUUUCAUUGUGCGUUUAUUGUGUGCAUGGUAUAGAGACCACUUCAGAUCUUUUGAGUUGACUUCUUCACCAGGUAAAGAGGUUGCCCUGGUUCAGCUUGAAGAACUGACAGACUGCUAUCCACUUGUGGCCUAUACAGUUUGUUCCAAACGUAUGGUAACCCUGAAGAGACACAUCGUCAUCAAAGAUUAAAAAAUCAGGAUGGCAGGACCAGUUAGCUUCAGAGUCCUUUUUAGAAGUGAAGAUGAUGCAAGAAAACUAACCAUUAAAUCCGGAAUACCGUCUUCUGUGGAUGAAUUGGCUUUUGAAAUUAAGACCUUCUUUGGAGUAACAGAGCAGUUUAGGCUUCAAUACAAAGACGUAGACUUUGGAAACGAAUUCAUGAACCUCUUAUCAAUUUCUGAUACUCAAGAUCGCAGUACUUUGAAAGUGGUAUACUUACCUUGUGAGGCUACCACCUCCGCAAUAUCCUCAGCUCCAUCCAAGAUUUUGUAGUGCCACGAUUUUCAUAUUGUGCCGAGAUGCAGCUCCAGAAGGGAAAUGAUGAAUUCAAUGCAAGUGGAACUCUCCUAUCUCUUACGCCCAAACUCAGAUCUGAUAUUCUUGAAGGCAUUGCAGAAGAAAUAAUCAAGUAUACAGCAUAUCCAAAGGACAAUCAGUUUGAAAAAGUUGCUGAGGCCUUGAUACAAACCCAUCCAUGUUUGCGUGAGAAAGGAACACGGACUGGGUGUUGUGGAUGGAAGCACUAUAUUAAGAUAAAGAUGAUGAACUUCCGCACCAAGCUUGGCCGAGCUGGACACCCAGAAGUCACAGUCAACUCACUUAAAAACAAACAGAAAGGCCAGGGAAAACCAGCUGCAAACAUAAAAAAGCCACGGAGGGCAGAGGUUAAUUUCUGUCCAAACCAUCCGAGAGGUGAAACCAAUGACAGCCUGGAGGUGGAAAGGGUUGCUCUAUUGACCGAGGUAAAAAAAGAGAAUAACGAGACCGUUAUCAAGGAAAAGAUGCAGCGUACCUUCUCAUACCGACGACAAGAAAUUCUUCAGGAGCCAAUGAUUACAGAGGUCCGAAACAAAUGGCCAGCAUUGUUUGAAAUUGGAGAAGUCAACUUGGAGUUCAUGCGUAUAACAACUGUUCCGCUGAUAUCAAAAUUAAUUGGUCAACUGGACAAAUACACUGAUGCCCUGAUGAAGGUGUUCCGUCACAAAGGAGGAUGUGCAGGACAGAAAAUCCGCACCAUAAUGGCAUUGACAGCUAAAAAUGAAGACAUAAACACCAGGCGUGAUUGUAUCCUGAGGUGCCUAAGUGUCUACCUCAACGAAGACAUCGAGACACUUGUCAAAGAAUAUGUGGACACUGAAAGUGUGGAGGCUGAGUCUCUCAUUGCACAGACAACCAUGGGCAUCUAUGUCAUUCGAGCGGAGGGCGCUGGUCCUGAAGAAGAACCUUCAGAUGUUGGUGUUGUUCUUGAAGGAGUUGAAGUUCUGCAAAACCUGCCAAGUGUCACACUUGGAUGUGUGAUGCUUUUUGGACUAAUUUAUGCCCUUAACUUAAACUAUCCAAAGGACCUCAAGUGCACAUUUGAAGCAUUUCAGAAAAUCCUGAUGGAACUGGAUACAACCAAGCUGUCACCAAAAGUUCAGGGACUGAAAAUUAAGAUGCUUCAGUGAAUCAUUGAGAGAUAUGCUGAUAUUUACAUUUUUCCUCUUGACUUGCACUUUUUCUACUCGUUAGAAUCACCACCCUAUUUUUCCAAAUUAUUGCAUGUCACAGAUUUGUGAAAAUGUUUGUGUAAUGUUAACAAGUGUUGUCAUUGAAUCAGAUUUGACCUGAUUGUUAUGUCUACCUCAAGUUUUGCAGUUUUUUUAAGCACAGUUCUUGAGGAAAAAGUACUAUGCCUGCAGUCUGUUAAAAUCCUUUGCAUUUAUUUGUUAUAGGAUUAUUGUGGCAAAAAAAAGAAAUAAAUAAUUAAAGUAGUGCAAUUAACCUUGGUGUGUUAAGUAAAGAAUGAAAGUACUUUAUUUUUUGUUGAGGUUGCACACAACACAGUAUCAGUGAGCACAGACUGUC